AUGGAACAAGAAGAUUUCUCGAAUGGAAAAGGAAAAGAAAUUUUAAUAAUGCACAUUGAGCUUGGAAAUCUAGGGAAAGAAAAGCUAAUUAUCCAUGAAAAUGACGUUCCUGAUGAGAUUGUGCACGAAUUUGCAGCGAAAUUUAAUUUGGACGAAAAAAUCGAAAAACGACUCUCUGAACAAAUUGCGAUCCAAAUAGGGCUGCUGGUUGAAGAGCAUGAAAAGGCAGCUGAGCUUGUGUCUGCAAAGGCAAAUUCUGCUGCAGUUAAGCCUGUUUAUGAAAGAAUCCAGGCAGCUAAUAAACUGAAAAAAGUUUCAAACACAAAUAUUGGGGAAAUUCUUGGGUAGUCAUGAAAAUUUUAUUUUUAUAGUAAAAAAUUAUUAUUUAGGUAUUUUUUAUGAAAAAAAAAACCAAAAUUCUUUUAUAAUAAAGGCCUUGAGUUUAUGGAUCAACUUGAAGAAGAAAACGAAAAGAAAAGACAAUAUGAGGAAGAAAAAGAAAAAAAAGAAUUAACAUUUAUGCCAAAAAUCAGUGAAUUUCCUUCAAAUAAUAAAAGAAGACAUAGACACCUAGCAGAAUAUUUAUAUGAAAAAGAGAGAUUGAGGCUGCUUAAAAUUGACCAGGAAAAAGAGCUUCAAUAUGCAAUUGAGCAAAGAGAAUGCACUUUUACUCCGACGGUUAAUCCUAUGAGCAAGCAGAUUUUAAAUAGAAGCAGGCCAGCAUCUGAGGAUAAAUUCACUGAUUUGUAUAAUGAGGCUUAUGACCUGAAAAAGAAAAGAGAGGUAUUGGCAAAGCAAUAGUAAGGCUUAUAUAGCUUAAAAAAAGUAUGCACUUUUCGGCCGAAUAUUAUUAGUAAUAAUUCUAGUAAUUGCGAAGAUGUUGUAGAAAGGCUGCUUUUAUCGAAAAAAUAUGUAGAAGAAAGGCUUGAUUAUGAAAGAAAAAUCAUGGAGCUACCUAUAGAUAGAGAUACUGGUCUAGAGUUAUUCAAACCUUCUAUUGGGAGACCACCUGCAAUUGAAAGGAAUAGGAAUGAUAUACCGAUUGGAGAUUUUUUGUAUAGACUGAAAAGAAAAAGUCCUCAACCACAAGAGUUUCCGCAUCAGCCAAUAGAGAUGGAUAGCAAGGCGAGGUCAAAUAAAAUUCUUCAAAAAGCCAAAAUAGAAAGAUAUUUUGAUAUUUAUCAACUGCGCUGUUAUUUCUUAAACUUCCUAUAAAAAGGUGACCUAUUAUGUCAAUUAGAGAUUAUCGAAUCAUAUAGAAAAGCCUCAUACUCCUUCAGAGCCCAGUUUUUAUAUACCUCCAUAACUAUAUUAAAAUUUUUAUAAAUUUUAUUAAAAAAAUAAUAAAAUAUAAUUUAUCAACAGCUUUCCCCAGACUCUCAAGGAGAAAUUACCUAUGAAAACAUUAAUGUUGAAAAUAUAGAAAAAGACGUUUAUAAAAUUAUAAAGCCAUUUCUAGAAGAGCUUCAAUCAAUAAACCAGAAGCUAAGCUUUGGAGAAUUCUGUGAAUCUAUGGACAAUUUAUGCAAGUUGUUAUGCAACACAGAUAAAAAUAUUAUUACUAUUAAAAAGAAGCCAAUAAUUGAAGAAAAUAAAUCAUUGAAGAAAAAAUCAUUAUCAAUGACAAGUUUUGAAGGAGCUGAUAUGUAUGAAAGGCAGUUAGAGAUAAGGCAAAUAACACAAGCUAAGCUGGAAUACCAAAAACAACAAAAUUACGAUAAUGAAGUAGAAGGCUGCACUUUUAGACCGCGAAUAACUGCUUAUAGGCCAAACCAAUUUAAUUAA